UCCCCUGCAGCAACACUGCUGGAGCCCAAGACUCACAUUUCCACAAAGGUGACCUGGAAGUUGGACACCAUGCUGCUCCCUGCCCUCCUCUUUGGGAUGCUAUGGACACUGGCUAAUGGGCGGUGGUGUGAGUGGACGGAAACCAUCCACAUGGAGGAGGAAGUCACUCCCCGUCAGGAGGAUCUGGUGCCCUGCGCCAGCCUCUACCAUUACAGCCGGCUAGGCUGGCGGUUGGACCUGCCCUGGAGGGGCCGUACAGGGCUCACCAGGCCCCCAGUACCUGGGCUCUGUGCCAUCUACAAACCCCCAGAAACCCGGCCUGCCACGUGGAACCGGACAGUGAGGGCUUGCUGCCCAGGUUGGGGGGGUACCCACUGCACUGACACCCUUGCUGAAGCCAGCCCUCACGGCCACUGCUUUGCCACAUGGCAGUGCCAGCCUCUGGCAGGCUCAGCUAAUGCUUCAGCAGGAAGUCUGGAGGAGUGUUGUGCCCAACCCUGGGGACAUAGCUGGUGGGACAGCAGCUCCUAGGUCUGUCUCAGCUGUUCCAGCUGGCAUCUCCCAGGCAACACGUCCUCUGCAGCCCUCUUGCAGCCCUUGGCAGGGGCUGUGGGACAGCUCUGGAGCCAGCGCCAGAGUCCUUCAGCCACCUGUGCUACCUGGUCAGGCUUCCACUACCAAACAUUUGACGGACGUCACUACCACUUCCUGGGCCACUGCACCUACCUACUGGCGGGUGCUGUGGAUUCCACCUGGGCUGUUCACCUUAGGUCUGGGGGUCACUGCCCCCAGCCUGGGCCCUGUCAGCGGGUGACGAUGGGCUCUGAGGAGGUGCUGGUCCAGGGUGGAGAUGUCUUUGUGAAGGGGCAGCUGGUACCUGACGGGGAGCCUCAGCUACUCCAUGGGCUCAGUCUGCAGUGGCAGGGCGACUGGCUGGUGCUCUCCGGGGGACUGGGGGUUGUUGUGCGGCUGGACAGGUCCAGUUCAAUCUCGAUCUCCGUGGACCACGAGCUCUCAGGACAGACGCAGGGCCUUUGUGGGCUCUACAACGGCCAGCCUGAGGAUGACUUUUUAGAGCCAAGUGGGGAGCUGGCCAUGCUAGCUGCCACCUUUGGGAAUUCCUGGAGGCUCCCUGGUUCUGAGCCUGGAUGUCUGGAACCAGUGGAGGCAGCCCAUGGCUGUGAGGCCCCCCUGGAGGGCUUAGAGGCAGGCAUGGAGGCUGGGCAGCUGCGGGCUGAAGCCCAGGACAUGUGCCAUCAGCUGCUAGAAGUUCCAUUCAGGCAAUGCCAUGCCCAGGUUCCCCCAGAUGACUACCACGAGUCCUGCCUCUUUGCCUACUGUGCCAGAGCCAAGGCAGGCAGUGACCAAGAGGGGCGGCGGGAGGCCGUGUGUGCCACCUUUGCCAACUAUGCCCAGGCCUGUGCCAGGUGGCAUAUCCACACGCACUGGAGGAAGCCUGGCUUCUGCGAGCGCCUAUGCCCAGGAGCUCAGCUCUACUCUGACUGCGUCUCAUCCUGUCCACCCACCUGCAUGGCUGUGGGCCAGGGAGAGGAGGGGUCCUGCAGGGAAGAGUGUGUGAGUGGCUGUGAGUGCCCACCUGGUCUCUUCUGGGAUGGUGCCCAGUGUGUACCAGCUGCCCGCUGCCCUUGCUACCACCGUCGCCAGCGCUACGCUCCUGGUGAUACUGUGCGUCAGCUGUGCAACCUAUGUGUAUGCCAGGAUGGCCGCUGGCUCUGCACCCAGGCCCUGUGUCCUGCGGAGUGUGCGGUGGGUAGCGAUGGACAGUACGUCACCUUUGAUGGGCGGAGCUUCUCCUUCCGAGGCAGCCCAGGCUGCCACUACAUUCUGGUGCAGGACUUUGUGAAAGGUCAGCUGCUGAUUGUGCUGGAGCAUGGGGCCUGUGACUCUGGGAGCUGCUUCCACGCCCUUUCUGUCUCACUGGGGGACACCCACAUCCAGCUUAGGGACUCAGGAAACGUGCUGGUGGAUGGGCAGGAUGUGAACUUGCCCUGGAUUAGCCCUGGGGGCCUCAGAGUCUCCCAAGCCUCCUCCACCUUCUUGCUCCUGCACUGGCCUGGAGCUCAGGUCCUCUGGGGAGUGACUGACCCUGCAGCCUAUAUCACCCUGGACCCCUGCCAUGCCCACCAGGUGCAGGGUCUGUGUGGCACCUUCACCUGGAACCAGCAGGAUGACUUCCUGACACCAGCUGGGGACAUGGAGACCAAUAUCGCUGCCUUCGCUAGCAAGUUCCAGGUGUCAGAAGACAGCAGUUGCCCCUCAGUGGACAGUGCCCCACUCUCCCCCUGCAGCACCCACUCCCAACACCUCUCUUUCUCAGAGGCAGCCUGUGCCGUCCUGCAUGGCCCAGCCUUCCAGGAGUGCCACAGGUUGGUGGAGAGGGAGCCAUUCAGGCUGCGCUGCUUGGCAGCUGUGUGUGGCUGUGCCCCUGGCAGGGACUGCCUAUGUGCUGUGCUCUCUGCCUACGCACACCGUUGUGCCCAGGAGGGCACCCCAUUGCACUGGAGGAACCAGACCCUGUGCCCUGUCCUGUGUCCUGGUGGCCAGGAGUACCAGGAGUGUGCCCCAGCAUGCGGUCACCACUGCGGGGAGCCAGAGGAUUGCAAAGAUCUGGGUAGCUGUGUGGCCGGCUGCAACUGCCCCCCAGGGCUUCUAUGGAACCCUGAGGGCCAAUGUGUGCCCCCCAGCUUGUGUCCUUGCCAGCUUGGAACCCGUGUCUAUGCCUCCGGCAGUGCCAUCACAAAGGACUGCAACCACUGCGUCUGCCAAGAAAGGGGCCUCUGGAAUUGCACAGCUUACCCCUGUCCCCCACAGAGGACAUUUUGCCCCCGAGAGCUCAUCUACACUCCUGGAGCCUGUCUCCUCACCUGUGACAGCCCCAGCACCAAUCACUCCUGCCAGGCAGGCAGCACAGGGUGUGUCUGUCCUCCAGGCACUGUGCUGCUGGAUGGGCGCUGUGUGCCUCCUGACCUCUGUCCCUGCCGUCACAGUGGGCAGUGGUACCCUCCUAAUACCACCAUCCAAGAAGAUUGCAACACUUGUGUGUGCCAGGGUCGGCAGUGGCACUGUACAGGACAUCGGUGUAGUGGACGGUGCCAAGCAUCAGGGGCCCCCCACUACGUGACAUUUGAUGGGUUGGCCCUCACUUUCCCGGGAGCCUGCGAGUACCUGCUGGUGAGAGAAGCCAGUGGCCGCUUCAGUGUCUCUGCCCAGAACCUGCCCUGCGGGACCAGUGGCCUCACCUGCACCAAGGCACUGGCCGUGCGUCUAGAAAGCACUGUUGUACACCUGCUCAGAGGCAGGGCAGUGAUGGUGAACGGGGUGAGCGUAAGACCUCCCAAGGUCUACACAGGCCCAGGACUAAGUUUGCGCCACACUGGCCUCUUCCUGCUACUGACGACGCGCUUGGGCCUGACCCUGCUCUGGGACGGAGGCACCCGGGUACAGAUACAGUUGUCUCCCCACUUCCGUGGCGGUGUGGCUGGGCUGUGCGGAGAUUUUGACGGUGAUGCCAGUAAUGACCUGCGGAACCGCCAAGGAGUCCUGGAGCCCACAGCGGAGCUGGCCGCCCACUCGUGGCGCCUCAGUCCUCUCUGCCCUGAGCCAGGAGACUUGCCGCACCCCUGCACUGUGAACGCUCAUCGUGCAGUCUGGGCCCGGUCCCGGUGUGAGGUGAUGCUGCAGCCACUCUUUGCCCCGUGUCACAUGGAAGUGCUCCCACAGCAACACUACGAGUGGUGUGUGUAUGACGCCUGCGGCUGCGAUUCUGGGGGUGACUGUGAGUGCCUCUGCUCAGCCAUCGCCACUUACGCGGAUGAGUGUGCCCGGCAUGGGCACCAUGUGCACUGGCGCAGCCAGGAGCUCUGUCCCCUGCAGUGUGAAGGAGGACAGGUGUAUGAGGCCUGUGGCCCCACGUGUCCCCCCUGCCAUGACCACCAUCCUGAGCCUGGAUGGCAAUGCCAGGCCAUUGCGUGUGUGGAGGGCUGCUUCUGCCCCGAGGGGACUCUGCUGCAUGGAGGAGUCUGUGUGGAGCCAGCUGCCUGUCCCUGUGAGUGGCACAACAGCUUCUUCCCGCCGGGAACUGUGCUGCAGAAGGACUGUGGGAACUGCACAUGCCAGGAAAGUCAGUGGCAUUGUGGGGAUGACAGUGACCCCUGCGAGGAGCUGCUGCCUACCUGUGCAGAGGGAGAGGCUCUGUGCCAGGAGAGCGGCCACUGUGUGCCACAUGAGUGGCUUUGUGACAACCAGGACGACUGUGGAGAUGGCUCAGAUGAGGAGGGGUGUGCUACCCCAGGCUGUGGAGAAGGACAGAUGUCCUGCCGCUCUGGCCACUGCCUGCCUCUAGACCUACUCUGUGAUGGGCGGGAUGACUGUGGAGAUGGCUCGGAUGAGCAAGGAUGCCCCUGCCCCUAUGACACCCUGACCUGUGCUGAUGGGCGCUGCCUGCCCGUUGCCCUGCUGUGUGAUGGGCAUCCAGACUGUCCAGAUGCGGCAGACGAGGAGUCCUGUCUGGGGCAGGUGAACUGCAUCCCUGGGGAGGUGUCCUGUGCUGACGGCACUUGCGUCGGGGCCAUCCAGCUGUGUGAUGGAGUCUGGGACUGCCCAGAUGGAGAUGAUGAGGGGCCUGGGCACUGCCUCCUUCCCUCUCUGCCCACACCCCCUGCUGGCACCGUGCCUGGCCCCUCCACUGGUUCCCUGGACAGUGUACCAAAUCCCCUGGGCAGUGCCAGCCCUGUGCCCCCCUGCAGCCCUUUCGAGUUCCUGUGUGGCAGUGACGAGUGUACCCUGCGGGGCUGGCGCUGUGACCAAGAGGAGGACUGCGCAGAUGGCAGUGACGAGCAUGGCUGCAGCAGGCCCUGCCCAGUGCACCAUGUGCCCUGUGCCCGUGGCCCCCAGUGUGUGUCCCUGGGACAGCUGUGCGACGGGAGACCGCAGUGCCCAGACAGCUGGGAUGAGGGCCCUGACACCUCCGAGGAGCUGCCAGUCCCAGGAGGCCCCAACAAGACAGGGAGCCCGUGCCCAGAAUAUUCAUGCCCCAGUGGUGCCUGCAUUGGUUUCCAGCAGGUUUGUGAUGGGCAUCCUGACUGUGACUUGUCAUGGGAAGCAGGGCUCUCCCCAGAAGAGCAGGGUUGUGAGGCUUGGGGCCCCUGGAGCCCGUGGGGGCCCUGCAGCCAGAACUGUGGGCCUGGGAUGCAGGGCCGGAGCCGCCGCUGCUCCCCACCCAGCCUCCUGGCACUGCCGCACUGCCUGGGCCCCGAGCACCAGUCUCAAGUCUGCUUCACCGAGGCCUGCCCAGUGGAUGGUGAAUGGAGCUCCUGGUCUCCCUGGUCUCUGUGUUCUGAGUCCUGCGGGGGCACCAUGACACGCCAACGGCACUGCUCCCCGCCCCAGAAUGGGGGCCAGACUUGUGCCCUGCUGCCUGGGGACUCUCACAGCACCCACCAGACCAGGCCCUGCCCUCAGGAGGGUUGUUCCAAUGCCACCUGCUUGGGGGAGCUGGUGUUUCAGCCCUGUGCCCCCUGCCCUCUGACCUGUGAUGACAUCUCUGGUCAGGCCACAUGCUCACCUGACAGGCCCUGCAGUAGCCCAGGCUGCUGGUGCCCGGAAGGGCAGGUGCUAGGCAGUGAGGGGCGGUGUGUGCGGCCCCGGCAGUGCCCUUGCCUGGUGGAUGGUGCCCGCUACUGGCCUGGGCAGCAAAUCAAGGCAGAUUGCCAGCUCUGCAUCUGUCAGGAUGGGCGACCACGGCGUUGCAGGCCCAACCCUGACUGUGCUGUGGACUGUGGCUGGUCCUCCUGGUCCCCCUGGGCUGAGUGCCUGGGCCCCUGUGACAGCCAAAGCAUCCAGUGGUCCUUUCGGAGCCCCACCAACCCCCGCCUCUCUGGCCGAGGUCACCAGUGCCGUGGCAUCCACCGCAAGGCCCGCAGAUGCCAGACGGAGCCCUGUGAAGGUUGUGAGCAGCAGGGCCGUGUUCACCAGGUCGGGGAGCGCUGGCGCAGGGGCCCCUACGUGUGCCAGUGUUUGCACAACAGCACCACACAUUGCUCCCCCUACUGCCCACUGGGCAGCUGCCCCCAGGGCUGGGUUCUGGUGGAAGGAGUGGGAGAAUCCUGUUGCCACUGUGCCCUACCUGGAGAGAAACAGACUGUGCCCCCCAUGGCCACUCCCGCUCCUGCUCCAGCCCCCAGUCCACAGAUUGGUCCCCCUCUGGUCACCUACAUUUUCCCCCUGUCUCUCUUCCAUCCAGAUCCCUGCUAUGCGCCCCUGGGCCUGGCCCACCCACUCAAGGGGAGCCUGCAGGCAUCAUCCCUGAAGCUGGAGCACCCCACCUGGGGUGCCCUUGUGGGGGCACCUACUGAGGGGCCUGGUCCCAGAGAGGACACUUAUGAACAGUGGCACAUCCGGCCACCCUACCUGCAACUGGACCUGCUGCAGCCCCGGAACCUGACUGGCAUCAUAGUGCAAGGGACUGGUUCCUCCAACACUUAUGUUGCCAGCUUCUCAUUCCAGUUUGGCAGUGAUGGUCUACACUGGCACAACUAUGGUGAUUUGCCAGGCAGCCUGCACUUACCUAAGCCUUUCCCUGGGAACCUUGAGGUAUGGACCUUGGCCCGGAUGGUGCAGGCAAGGUAUGUCAGGGUGUCACAUCGUGUCCAGCACACCGCUUCCCUCUGGGCUGAGCUACUAGGCUGCGAGCCAGUGUCCCCACCAGUGCCCCCAUGCCCAGGGGCUGGGCACCGCUGUGCCAGUGGUGAGUGUGUCCCGAGGAAGGUCCAGUGCAAUGGUGCUGCAGACUGUGAGGACGGCUCUGAUGAAGAAGGCUGUGGGCCCCUGCCUGCCAGCACUGGCAGAGUCCUCUCCACACCCUUCUCCUCCACCCUACCUGGAGAGCUGCUCCCCCAGACCAGAGAGGGUCUGGCAGAAACUGAACAUCGACAUCACAAGGAGGGAUCAUCCAUGCCUCCCUCAGAGAAGAGUCCAGUCCCAGCCUCACAGGCUCCUUGCCUCAUUUCAGGGGAAUCCAUGCAGAUGGUAACCACUACCCCCACAUCAUCUCCUGGGGCUGAGAGCCUGCAACCAGGGAUGGCAGCUGUGACAGUGCUCCCCCCACACCCAGUGACUUUGGGGAUCCCUGCUGGUAAGACUGUCACUCCCAGGCCCUUCCCACCUGUGCGGUGUGGCCCUGGGCAGAUACCCUGUGAGGUGCUGGGCUGCGUGGAGCAGAAACAGCUGUGUGAUGGAAGAGACUGUCUUGAUGGCUUCGAUGAGCGGCAUUGCGUGGGCGCGCUGCCCUUUACUGUGCCUACCACAGCCCUCCCUGGGCUGUUGUCCUCAAGAGCCCUCUGCUCUCCAAACCAGCUGAGCUGUGGCAGUGGGGAGUGCCUGCCUGUUGAGCGGCGCUGUGACCUGCGGCCUGACUGCCAGGAUGGCUGAGAUGAGGACAGCUGUGUGAACUGUGUGCUGGCACCUUGGUCUGGCUGGAGUGGCUGCAGCCACAGCUGUGGCCUGGGCCUCACCUUCCAGCGCCGGGAGCUGCUGCGGCCUCCACUGCCUGGGGGCAGCUGCCUGCUGGACCAGCUCCGUAGCCAGUCCUGCUUCGUGCAGGCCUGUCCAGUGGCUGGGGCAUGGGCAGAGUGGGGGGCCUGGGAACCCUGCAGUGUCUCCUGUGGAGGUGGCCACCAAAGUCGCGAGAGGAGCUGUGUGGACCCCCCACCCAAAAAUGGUGGUGCCUCCUGUCUGGGACCUUCCCAAGAGAGGAUACCCUGUGGUUUGCAGCCCUGUACAGGUGACACAGACUGUGGGCAGGGCCGUGUGCAUGUGAAUGCUAAGCUGUAGAAGGGACUGGUGCCCCCAUGCCCACCCUCUUCUGACCCUGAGGCCAACAGAAGUUGCAGUGGACACUGUGUGGAAGGUGAGGCACAAUGUCGCUGUCCACCUGGGCCUCUCCAUGACUCUCACUGCCUUCCCCUCUCUGAGUGUCCCUGCCUUGUGGGUGAAGAGCUGAAGCAGCCGGGGCUGACCUUCUUGCUGGACAACUGCAGCCUGUGUACAUGUGAGAAGGGGGCACUGCUGUGUGAACCGGGAGAUUGUCCCCAGGCCUGAUGGUCAGCUUGGUCCUCUUGGGCUCUUUGUGACCGGUCCUGUGGCUCUGGAGUGAGAGCCAGAUUCAGGUCUCCCACCAACCCUCCUGAGGCUUUUGGAGGUGCUCCAUGUGAAGGUGACAGGCAGGAACUACAGGCCUGCCACACAGAUUGCGGAACAGAGGCACUGGGCUGGACAUCCUGGACAUCCUGGUCCUCCUGCUCCAAGAGCUGCCUUGUCCCUGGAGGGGACCCAGGCUGGCAGCAGCGUUCCCAGCUCUGCACCAGCCCUAGGGAUGCAUCCUGUCCAGGAGAGGCCACCCAGAAGGAACCCUGCAGUGCCCCUUUGUGCCCAGAGCCUAGUGGCUGGGGUCCAUGGGCUUCCUGGUCCACCUGCUCAGCCCCCUGUGAUGGAGGCAUCCAGACACGUGGGCGCAGCUGCUCUGGCUCAGCUCUUGGGAACUCCACAUGCCAGGGACCUCACAGCCAGACCAGAGACUGUAACAUGCGGCCCUGCACAGCCCAGUGCCCAGGGGACAUGGUAUUCCGCUCAGCAGAGCAGUGUCACCAGGAGGGGGGUCCGUGCCCUCGGCUGUGCCUAGCACAAGACCCAGGGGUGGAGUGCACAGGCUCCUGCACCCCCAGCUGCAGCUGCCCCCGUGGCCUCUUCCUGCACAACACUAGCUGCUGGCCCCUCAGCCAGUGCCCCUGCCAGCUGCAUGGGCAGCUCUACGCACCUGGAGCAGUGGCCCGCCUGGAUUCUUGCAACAACUGCACCUGUACUUCUGGCAAGAUGGUGUGCACUUCAGAGCUCUGCCCAGUGGCCUGUGGCUGGAGCCCCUGGACCCCAUGGAGUCUCUGCAGCCACAGCUGCAAUGUGGGUAUUCAGCGGCGCUUCCGAGCAGGCACUGCACCUCCAGCUGCCUUUGGGGGUGCUGAGUGCCAGGGCCCCAACAUGGAGGCUGAAUUCUGCAGCCUAAGGCCAUGUCAAGGUAAGAAUGGAGACCCAGGUGGUGAGUGGGGUCCGUGGACUCCAUGCUCUGUGCCCUGUGGAGGAGGCUACAGAAACCGCACCCGAGGCAAUGCCCCACACAGUCCCCUGGAAUUCUCCACCUGCAACCCACAGCCCUGUGCAGGACUAGUGCCUGGUGUGUGUCCCAGGGGCCAGCAAUGGCUGGACUGUGCCCAGGGCCCAGCCUCCUGUGCAGAGCUCAGCUCCCCAAGGGGGAGUAACCAGACCUGCCACCCUGGCUGCUACUGCCCAUCCAGGAUGCUCCUGCUCAACAAUGUAUGUGUGCCCACCCAGGACUGCCCCUGUACCCACAGGGGGCGCCUCUGUCCCCCAGGCAGUGCUGUGUUUCGUCCAUGUGAGAACUGCUCCUGCAUCUCUGGACUCAUUGUCAACUGCAGCUCCUGGCCUUGUGAGGAGGGCCAGCCUAUAUGGUUACCCUGGACCCCAUGGAGUGUAUGCUCAGCUUCCUGUGGCCCCGCCCGACGCCACCAGCACCGAUUCUGUGCCAUGUCCCCCAGCAUCGCACCAUCCAGUCUGACUCUGCCAUCCCCAUCGGCCAUGCCCACACCCCUCUGCCCAGGCCCUGAGGCUGAGGAGGAGCCCUGCUUCCUACCAGGGUGUGAUCGAGCAGGGGGCUGGGGUCCGUGGGGGCCCUGGUCAAGCUGUAGUUGGAGCUGUGGGGGAGGCCUGCGGAGCCGGAUCCGAGUCUGUGACCAGCCAUCACCCCAGGGCCUGGGGGAUUUCUGUGAGGGGCCUCAGGCCCAGGGGGAGGUGUGCCAGGCUCGGCCAUGCCCAGUGACCAACUGCACCACCAUUGAAGGAGCUGAGUACAGCUCCUGUGGUCCUCCCUGUCCCCGCUCCUGUGAUGACCUAGUGCACUGCGUGUGGCACUGCCAGCCCGGCUGCUACUGUCCUCCAGGUCAGGUACUGAGUGCCGAUGGGAACAUCUGUGUGCAGCCAGGUCACUGCAGCUGCCUGGACCUGCUGACUGGGAAAUGCCACCGUCCAGGCACUGAGCUGGCAAGGCCUGAUGGUUGCAACCACUGCACCUGCGUGGAGGGGAGGCUGAACUGCACAGAUCUGCCCUGCCCAGUGCCUGGAGGUUGGUGCCCAUGGUCAGAAUGGACAGUGUGCUCCCAGCCUUGCAGAGACCAGAUACGAUCCCGCUCCAGGGCCUGCGCCUGCCCUGCUCCCCAGCACGGGGGUGCCCCAUGCCUCGGAGAGGCAAGGGAGGGAGCCCAGCAUCAGAGGGAGGCUUGCCCUAGCCCCACUGUGUGUCCAGUGGAUGGAGCCUGGAGCCCAUGGGGACCCUGGUCUCUCUGCGACACUUGCCUGGGGCAGUCUCAUCGGAGCCGGGCAUGCAGCCAGCCCCCCACUUCUGAGGGAGGCAGGCCCUGUCCUGGAGGUCAUGAACAGAGUCGCCCUUGUCAGGACAAUUCCACACAAUGUGCGGACUGUGGGGGUGGCCAGAAUCUGCUGCCCUGUGGGCAGCCCUGUCGCUCCUGCCAGGACCUGUCCCCUGGGAGUGUGUGCCUCCAAAGCUUGGUGGAUUGCCAGCCCAGCUGUGGGUGCCCUGCAGGCCAGCUGUCUCAGGAUGGGCUAUGUGUAUCCCUAGCACACUGCUGCUGCCAAUUCCAGCCAGGAGCCAUGGGGAUUCCUCGGAACCAGAGCCGGUCUGCAGGGUCUGCGCUCAGCUCCUGGGAGAAUCUGGAACCUGGAGAGGUGGUGACUGGGCCUUGUGACAACUGCACCUGUGUAGCGGGCAUCCUGCAGUGCUAUGAGAUGCCCAGCUGCCCUGGUGCUGCUAUGUGGAGUUCUUGGGGCCCCUGGGAGGACAGCAGCGUUUCCUGUGGGGGAGGGGAACAGUUGCGCUCCAGGCACUGCGCUCGACCCCCUUGUCCUGGGCUGGCCCACCAGAGCCGCACCUGUCACACCCAGGUCUGCAGAGAGGCAGGCUGUCCGGUUGACCGUCUGUAUCGAGAGAGCCAGCCUGGUGAGGGAUGCCCCUUCUCCUGCGCCCACGUCACAGGGCAGGUGGCCUGCUUCUCUGAUGGCUGUGAGGGGGGCUGCCAUUGUCCUGAGGGUACCUUCCAGCACCACUCAGCCUGUGUCCAGGAAUGCCCCUGUGUGCUGAUGGCUGAGCUGCUACAGGAUCUGGGAGCCUCCAGCACUGUUCCUGGGAUAUACCCACCCUUUCUGGGAGACACACGUCAGCUACUGAGGCCUGGAGAUGAGCUGGGUCCAGGCCAGAUGUUUCAAAUGGGCUGCAGCAACUGCUCCUGUGUGCAUGGGAUACUCUCUUGCUCCAUGGAGGACUGCUUCAAGGCCCGUGGUGGCUUUGGCCCAUGGGGCCCAUGGGGUCCGUGGGGUCCGUGUUCCCGUUCCUGUGGUGGGCUGGGCACCCACACCCGCACCCGCCCCUGUGUGCACCCCACACCCACUCCAGGUGGCCUGGGCUGUCACGGGCCCCUCCAGGAUUUCAAGUACUGCUCCAGCCCAGACUGUCCCGGGACUGAAAGGUCCACGAUGGAGCCAGCAACAGGCCUUCCAGGCAACUGGGGCCCAUGGUCACUAUGGUCCCCCUGCUCCCAGAGCUGCACAGACCCCACUCACCCUGCAUGGCGUAGCCGUACACGCCUCUGCUUGGCUAACUGCACGGUGGGGGACUCCUCGCGUGCACCUUGCAACCUGCCCUCUUGCACAGAGGUACUUCUGUGUUCCGGUCCCGUCUGUGGGCCAGGGAACUGUUCUUGGACCUCCUGGGCCCCAUGGGAGCCAUGCUCCCGCAGCUGUGGGGUAGGCCAACAGCGCCGUCUACGAGCAUACCGUCCUCCUGGGCCUGGUGGACACUGGUGCCCUGACAUCCUUACCGCUUACCAGGAGCACCGCUUCUGCAACCUGCGUGCUUGCCCAGUGCCCGGGGGCUGGUCACGCUGGAGCCCUUGGUCCUGGUGUGACCGGAGCUGUGGAGGGGGCCAAUCCCUGAGGAGCUGAAGCUGCUCAAGCCCUCCACCCAAAAAUGGGGGUACCCUCUGUGCUGGGGAGAGGCAUCACACCCGGCUCUGCAAUCCCAUGCCCUGUGAGGAGGGCUGCCCAGAAGGAAUGGAACUGGUCACCUGUACCAACCACUGCCCCCGCCGCUGCUCAGACCUGCAGGAGGGAGUCGCUUGUCAGGAUGGCCAAACCUGCAAGCCAGGCUACCGCUGCUCUGAAGGGUCCCUGGAGCAGGAUGGCAGCUGCGUGCCAGUUGGACAUUGUGAGUGCACAGAUGCCCAGGGCCGCAGCUGGGCCCCAGGAAGCCAGCACCAGGACGCCUGCAACAACUGCUCGUGCCAGGCCGGGCAGCUCUCCUGUACCACUCAGCCCUGCCCACCUCCCAUUUACUGUGCCUGGAGUCGCUGGUCUGCCUGGAGUCCCUGCAGCCACUCAUGUGGACCUGGGGGACAGCAGAGCCACUUCCGGUCCUCCACGUCUGGCUCGUGGACUCCUGAAUGUCAAGAGGAACAGUCACAGAGCCAGGCUUGCCCCCAGUCCCCAUGCCCACCUCUGUGCCUGCAUGAUGCUCGUCCACACGCCCUGGGGGACAGUUGGUGACAGGGAGAGUGUCUGCGGUGCUCCUGCACCCCGGAGGAUGUGAUCUGUGAAGACACUGAGUGCACAGUGUCCAUGGGCUGGACGAUGUGAUCUCCCUGGUCUGACUGCCCUGUCUCCUGUGGAGGUGGAAGCCAGGUCCGCACUCGGGCCUGCAUGGUGCCAGCUCCUCACCACAGGGAGCCAUUCUGCCAGGGCCCUGAUACCCAGACCCAGCACUGCGAGAAGCAGCCAUGCCUACAGCUGCUGGAGGCCUGCUCCUGGGGUCCAUGGGGACCCUGUUCCUGCAGCUGCGGCCCAGGCCUGGCCUCCCGCUCUGGGUCCUGCCCUUGCUUGCUGGUCGAGGCAGACCCUAGAUGCAAUGACACCUUCCCACACCUGGACACCCGGGUCUGCUACCCAGGGCCCUGCCUGGAGGACUGUGUGUGGAGCAGCUGGAGCACCUGGACACACUGUUCCUGCCAGGUGCUGGUGCAGCAGCGCUACCGACACCAGGGGCCAGCGCCUGGCCAGGCUAGGAAGGGUGCUCCCUGCACACGCCUGGAUGGCCACUUCCGGCCGUGCCCUGUCAGCAACUGCUCUGAGGACAGCUGCAUGCCUCCCUUUGAGUUCCAAGCCUGUGGUUCCCCCUGCGCUGGGCUCUGUGCCACACACGUGAGCCGCCAACUCUGUCAGGACCUUCCACCCUGCCAACCUGGCUGCUACUGCCCCAAGGGGCUGGUGGAGCAGGCUGGGGACUGCAUUCCUCCAGAGCAGUGUAACUGCUGGCAUACUUCAGGAGAGGGAGCUGGAGUGACCCUGGCCCCUGGGGACCACCUGCAGCUUGGCUGUAAGGAAUGUGAAUGCCGGCAAGGAGAGCUACAGUGUGCCAGCCAGGGCUGUGAAGGUCUUCUGCCUCUGAGCGACUGGUCUGAGUGGUCACCCUGUGGGCCCUGCCUACCCCAAAGCAUCUUGGCCUCUGCCUCCAGGACCAUCCUGGAGGGGCACUGGCCUCUAGACACUGCAAGCCUCCCUCCAACCUUGGCCCCCCUGCUGGUUUCGGAGCAGCAUCGACACCGCCUCUGUUUGGACCCUGAGACAGGGAUGCCCUGGGCUGGGGACACUCGUCUCUGCACUGCACCUCUCAGCCAGCAACGCCUCUGCCCUGACCCUGGAGCCUGCAAUGACUCAUGCCAGUGGAGUCCCUGGGGGCCCUGGAGCCCCUGCCAAGUGCCCUGCAGUGGGGGCUUCCGGCUGCGCUGGAGAGAGGCAGGGGGCCUACUUGGCAGAAGCUGCAGGGAGCCAUGGGCUCAGACUGAGAGCUGCAAUAUGGGGUCCUGCCCAGGGGAGUCCCGCGAGGCCCAGGACACUGUGUCCACCCUUGACUGUGCCAACCGGUGCCCUCGUAGCUGCAUUGACCUUUGGGACCGUGUGCAGUGUCUGCAGGGACCCUGCAGCCCAGGCUGCCGAUGUCCCCCUGGACAGCUGGUACAGGAUGGGCGCUGUGUGCCCAUCUCUUCUUGCCGCUGUGGCCUCCCCAGUGCCAAUGCCUCAUGGGAGCUGGCCCCAGCCCAGGUGGUCCAGCUGAGCUGCCACAACUGCACCUGCAUCAAUGGGUCCCUGGUGUGCCCACACCUUGAGUGUCCAGUCAUGGGGCCUUGGACAGCCUGGAGCCGGUGCUCAGCUGCCUGUGGUGGGGGCACCAUGGAGCGCAGUCGGAGCUGCAGGGAGCAUCCUGCAGGGGUACCAUGCCAUGCCCAGGUCACAAAGCAGCAGCAGGAGUGUAACCUACAGCCCUGCCCUAAGUGCCCCCUUGGCCAGGUGUUCAAUACCUGUGCCACCUCAUGUCCAAGCCUCUGCUCACACCUGCACCCUGGCACCACCUGUGUGCGGGUACCCUGUCAGCCUGGCUGCAGCUGCCCUGGAGGGCAGCUGCUGUACAAUGGCACAUGUGUGCCCCUCAUCGCCUGUCCCUGUAUCCAGCACUCUCUGCCAUGGGGCCUCACCCUAACCCCUGAAGAGCAGGCCCAGGAGCUGCCUUCAGGGACUGUGCUCACCCAGAACUGCACCAGCUGCACCUGCCAAGGUGGAGCCUUCAGCUGCUCCCCCACUGACUGUCAGGAGUGCCCCCCUGGAGAAUUGUGGCAGCAGGUGGCCCCUGGGGAGCUGGGUCUCUGCGAGCGGACUUGUGCAGAAACAAAUGCCACAGAGGCUCAGAGCAACUGCAGUGCUGCGCAGGCCCCAGCCUGUGUGUGUCAGCAAGGGCAUUUCCGCAGCCAGGCAGGCCCCUGUGUCCCCAUGGAACACUGCGAGUGCUGGCACCAUGGGAGCCCCCACCUGCCUGGAUCAGAAUGGCAGGAGGACUGUGAGAGCUGCCGCUGCCUUGGUGGGAGGAGUGUCUGCAACCAGAACUGUCCCCGCCUCACCUGUGCUCAGAAUGAGGUGAUGGUGCAGGAGCCAGGAAGCUGUUGUCCCGUUUGCCACCUGGAGGCUGCAGAGGAGCAGUCAGCCUUCUGUCGGCACCUCACGGAGCUUCGCAACCUCACCAAGGGCCCCUGCCACCUGGACCAGGUAGAAGUGAGCUACUGCAGUGGACACUGCCCAUCCAGCACCAAUGUCAUGCCUGAGAUGAGCCAGGGCUGCCAUACAGAACCUUACCUGCAGAGUCAGUGCGACUGCUGUAGCUACCGCCUAGACCCUGACAGCCCUGUGCGGGUCCUGAACCUGCGCUGCCCGGACGGCCACACCGAGCCUGUGGUACUUCCGGUCAUCCACAGCUGCCAGUGCAGUGCCUGGCAGGGUGGGUCUCCGUGA